AUGAUUCACAACAUACUAUCCGACAGCACACUUAACUACACUACUUCCAUAGCCUCCAUCCUUUCCAUCUCUUACGAUAUCGUAAGGGAACUCGAACGGAGCGGGAAGCCCGAGGAGAGGCGGCAAUCUCACCGGAGGGCAUGGAUCGCGUUUCCGCUGCUCAUAUGCUCCUGUCUCGCUGAAGCAUUGCUAAUCGUUGCCCUGGAUGGGAACCCCAUAGCGAGACAAUCAUGGAUCUUCCACCUGGUCUUGUCCGCAUUUGCCUGGGGGGUUGUUUGGAGCUGGCAGCAGUCACAUCAACUGGCCUCGAGAGCGAUAUUCGCAGCUUGCCUGACGGAAGUUCCCUUGUUCGCUCUGGCCCAGGCAAAGUCCCGCCGUUUGACGCCCACCCUGCAGCUUGCCUGCCAAGGAACCAGGGUUCUCCUUAUUGCCGUUCUGCUUGCAGAUGAACUUUUGGGCCUUUCAAGUGGCCAAGAGGACCAGGCAGGAUCAGAUAAAAUCGCCGAGGCGGCGGAUGAAAAGAUGGAGGCGGAGGACACGGACUCUAGCUCCGGGGACGAGGACGAGGAGGAAGAUGCCGAGAUGGAGCGGCAGCGUGCGGAGCAACUUGCUGAAGCCGGAGGCUGGUGCGCAUACCUCAAGCGGUUUUCGAUAUUCCUGCCGCUGAUCCUGCCAAAGCACGAUCGCAAGGUGCAGCUCUGCCUGGUCAUGGCUUUCGCCUCGCUGGUCGCAAGCCGCGCGAUCAUCGUUCUUAUUCCCACCCAGCUGGGCAGCAUCACCGACCAGCUGCUCGCGGGCCAACUCCCCUACAGAUCUCUGGGAAUAUGGCUGACGCUGAACCUGCUCAGCGACGAGCAGGGCCUGCUGUGCAUCGUCAAAGAGCUCGUCAAGAUCCCCAUCAAGCAGUUCUCCUACCGCCAGGUGACCAACAAGGCCUUCAACCACGUCAUGUCGCUCUCGAUGGACUUCCACGCCGAGCGGGACUCGGCGGAGACGAUGAAGGCGAUAGAGCAGGGCGAGCCCAUCACCGCCCUCCUCGAGUCUCUUGUGUACACCAUUAUCCCCGCCGUUCUCGAUGUCACCAUCGGACUGGGCGUUUUGGCGUCCAGGUUCAAUCCGCUGAUUGGCUUGGCAAUGGGAAUCGCCGCUGCUGGAUUCGUCGCCAUUGAGGCCGUCUCGUCGAGCUGGAACAUCGAUCCCCGUCGGCACUCGAACAAGGCGAAGCGCCACGAGACGCGGGCGAUGCACCAGGCCAUUCAGGGCUGGCAGACGGUCACCUAUUUCAACAUGUUCCAUUUUGAGAGCAACCGCUUCAAGCAAGCUGUCGAAGAACAGCUCAGGGCGAGCCGAGACUGGCAGUGGCGAGACGCCGUCAUCAAGACCUCGCUGGUUGCGCUCGUGCCCUUUACCUUUUCCAUCAUAGCCUCGCUUAUCAUUUACGAGAUUUCUCAGGGCCGAGCGUCCCCCGGCGACUUCAUCUUCUUUGUGGACUACUGGCAGUUCAUCAUCUGGCCCAUCAAGUUCAUCGCCGAGGACUACGGCGAGAUGAAGUCCAAGCUUGUUGACGCCGAGCGACUGCUCAGUCUGUUGACGACGAAGUCUUCGAUCACGGAGAAGGAGGGAGCCAAGGACCUCGGCAGUGUCAAAGGUCACAUCUCCUUUGAGAAGGUGGGCUUUCACUAUGACGACCGGAAGCAGACCCUUCGGGACAUCUCGUUCUCGGUCAAGCCCGGGCAGACGGUAGCGCUGGUGGGCGAGACCGGAGCGGGCAAGUCCACCAUCUCCAAGCUGCUGCUCCGAUUCCACGACGUCACCGAGGGCCGGAUCACGGUCGACGGCGAGGACAUCCGGGACGUCACCCUGGACUCCCUGCGCGACGCCCUGGGCGUCGUGCCCCAGGACCCGCUGCUGUUCAACACGACGGUCAUGGACAACGUCCGCUACGCGCGCCCGUCCGCCUCGGACGACGAGGUCCACGCCGCGUGCCGCGCCGCGGCCAUACACGACCGGAUCACGACCUUCCCCGACGGCUACCUGACGAAAGUGGGCGAGCAAGGGGUCAAGCUGUCCGGCGGCGAGGUCCAGCGGCUCGCCAUCGCGCGCGCCUUCCUCAAGGACCCGACCAUCCUGGUCCUCGACGAGGCCACGAGCGCCGUGGACACCAACACCGAGGCCGUCAUCCAGAGGUCCGUGGGCCGGCUGCGGAAGGGCCGGUCGAGCAUCGUCAUCGCGCACCGCCUGUCGACGACGGCGUCGGCCGACCUGGUCCUCGUGAUCCACGACGGGCGCAUCGCCGAGCGGGGCACGCACGACGAGCUGCUGGCGCAGGGGGGCAGGUAUGCGGCGCUCUGGCAGAAGCAGGUGCAGCGAGGCGGUGGAGGAGAAGACAAGGUAGCCGCCGGCGGAGAAGACGCAGACAGCGAGGCGGAGGAGUCAUAG